AUGGAGCUGCGUGACUACCAGUGGGAGGUGAUCCUGCCCGCCCUGGAGGGCGAGAACAUCAUCAUCUGGCUGCCCACGGGGGCAGGGAAGACCCGGGCAGCGGCCUACGUGUGCAAGAGGCACCUGGAGACCCGGGAGCGGGCCAAGGUGGCCGUGCUGGUGAACAGGGUGCACCUGGUGGACCAGCACUACACGCAGGAGUUCCAGGCGCUGCAGGAUCGCUUCCGGGUCACGCCCAUCAGCAGCGACAGCGACCAGAAAUUCUUCUUCUCCAAGGAGGUGAAGCUGAGCGACGUGGUGAUCUGCACGGCGAAGAUCCUGCAGAACGCCCUGACCAGCCAGGACGAGGACAUGCACGUGGAGCUGACCGAUUUCUCCCUGCUGGUGAUUGACGAAUGCCACCACACCCACAAAGACGGCGUCUACAACCAGAUCAUGGAGGAUUACCUGGAGCGCAAGCUGACAGGCCAGCGGAAGCUGCCGCAGAUCCUGGGCCUCACCGCCUCGCCCGGCACCGGGGGGGCCACCAGCGUCCAGGGGGCCAAGCAGCACAUCCUGCAGAUCUGCGCCAACCUGGACACCGCCAAAAUCAUGUCGUCUCAGAAGCACCGUGUCCACCUACAGGCUCAAGUCCCUCAUCCCAGGAAGCAGUACGACGUGUCCCACGAGAGGCCGCAGGAUCCCUUGGGCCGGAAGCUGAAGGAGACCAUGGCCCACAUCCACCAGUACCUGGACGUUGGCGGCCUGCCGCGGGACUUCGGCACCCAGAGCUACGAGCAGCGCAUUGUCGAGCUGGGGAAGGAAGGAGCCCAGUCGUUCUGCCGUAAGAAGCGCACGUGCGCCCUGCACCUGCGGAAGUACAACGACGCGCUGCUGAUCAAUGACACGGUGCGCAUGAUCGAUGCCUUCAACGCCCUGGACGAGUUCUACCAGCUGGAAAAGGCCACCAAGGUUCUGCAGGACCCCACGGAGCGCUUCCUCGUCAGCACCUUCGAGGAGAUCAAGGCAGCCCUGCUGGCUCUGGCCAGCGACCCGCGCUACGAGAACCCCAAGCUGAGCAAGCUGGAGGACAUCCUCCAGGAGCAGUUCCGGACCCUGGACCGCUCCCGCGGCAUCAUCUUCACCAAGACGCGCCAGAGCGCCCACGCCCUGCACAAGUGGAGCCAGGAGAACGCGAAGCUGGCAAGGCUGGACAUUAAGGCAGCUGUCCUGACUGGAGCCGGCUACAGCAACCAGACCAAGCACAUGACCCAGAACGAGCAGCAAGACGUGAUCAAGUUGUUCCGCAAGGGAGACCUCAACCUGCUCUUCUCCACCAGCGUGGCUGAGGAGGGCCUGGACAUCCCAGAAUGCAACAUCGUGGUUCGCUACGGGCUGAUGACCAACGAGAUCGCCAUGGUGCAGGCCAGGGGCCGCGCCCGCGCCGAGAACAGUCUGUACUCCGUCCUCGCCAAGGCCAACAGCAAGGAGGUGUCGCGGGAGCGGCUGAACGAGACCUUGGAGGAGCUCACGCAAAGAGUCAUCGAAGAGGUGCAGGCCAUGCCGGAGAAGGAGUACCGGGACACGAUCACAGCCCUGCAGCGAGGCGCCAUCAUUAGCCGGAAGGUGAAGAAGGCUGAAGGCAACCAGAAGCGGCAGCUGCAUGACCCGGACGCCGUCCGCCUCCACUGCAUAAACUGCAACAUGGCCGUGUGCCACGGCAGCGACCUGCGCACCGUGGAGAAGAUGCACCAUGUCAACGUCAACCCGGACUUCAAGAUUUACUACAAUGCCACAUCCAACAACGUGGAGAUUCCCCGGAACUUCAAGGACUGGAAGCCAGGGGGCAGCAUCAGCUGUGCGAGCUGCGGCCAGGCCUGGGGCAUGGAGAUGAUCUACCGCAGCGUGACGCUGCCCAUCCUCUCCAUCAAAAACUUCGUGGUGGCGACGCCGGACGGGAACAAACAGCCCAAGCAAUGGAGCCGGGUGACUUUCACCAUCGAGGAGUUUGACUACGUGGAGUACUGCACCAGGAACCUGGACAUGUAGCCCCUGGCCGAGCCCCAAGCACCCUCCCGUGGCGAUAGGGCGCCUUAGCCCAGCCCUUGGCAUGGUAGGCGGGAGCGCCCCUCCCAGAGAUCAGCAUUGGGCACAGUGGAAGCAUUUUAACCCUGCUUUGCCCAGGUGUGGCUCUGUCUUUCCUCCAUACACUCUGCAGCGCCCGGGCACUGGGCAGAGAUAGACCAAUGGAGGAGUAAGGACCCCCUGGAGAUGGGCCCCCCUGCGCUCCUGCCCCUCUCCGCUCUGCUGGGCCCCUCUGGGCCCGCACAGCAUCAGGAGCAGGAUUGGGACCUAGGGGGGCUGCCACCCCCAGAGACCAGGCUCUG